AUGAGCUGCUUGAAUUUUGGCCAGCAUUCAUUCUCGUCUUUUACAUCAUCCAAGCAGCGCAAGACAAAGAAGGCUGACGCACCUGACUGGAAUGAUGAGAAUGUCUACUACGCCGAUGAUCUAAGCAUCUUGGCAGGAUCCAAUCAGAAUUCUUCAUUAAACUUCCCAACAUCAGCACCAUCAUCAAUUGCGAGAAACAAAAUUCUGGCGUGUAGCACUCCAAAGGACCAAGUUAAAACAGAACAGGUUUCGCUGACUACUGAACAAUCCGCCAUGAAGCCAACGGCUCUUGCUGAUCAACCGAAAUCGACUGCUUACACGGCUACUCCGUACACUGGACAGUGCGAAAAUCGUCGAAUGAUGUAUCGGACGAAUCGGAUGAGGAAUAUGGUAGCGCCAUCGCCUGGACGCGAGAACAUCAAAAAUUGUUAUUACACCAAAGAGAACAGGCCAAUUCUCGAAGAGCUACAUCGCAAGGAGAACGAAGAGAGACGUGCUAGACAACAACGCGCCGAGUCGCGUGAUCGUAUUCUUACCACUGUCAGUGAGCACUGUUUCGAAUUCGUCUGCUCUCUUCUAAUCACCAUCUGGCAAAUCCACUACCUGUUCAACGUGAUUCCAUACGACGAAGCCCACGUUUCCCUGUUUAACAUUUCCUUCCUGUCUCUCUACACUAUUCUCUUCAUGAUUCCAUAUCCAACUUGGUGGGCUAUCAUGGGAUGUAGUUUCUUUGUCUACUUUUUGUUCACUUGGCUCAUUGGCAUCAAUAUGGUCUUUAGCUCGUUUGCAUUUGCCGCCGUUUUUGCCAAGGCUGCUACCACUGUCAUUCAAGUGCUUUUUCUCAUUUUCUGCUGA